CGUUCGUUCUCUACUUCCCGCCUCGCUCUAUCACCUAAAUUAACUAAUUCGCGCCUGGCGCUGGCAAUGCAGCGAAGACUCGACCAUUGCUUCCCCUCCUUCACCCUCAUGUCCCAAGAGCUCCAGAAAGAUACCCUCCGACUCCCCAGCUACCGUGAAUCCGUGUUCUUUCGCUUCCACCCCUACCCACAAGCACGCCGAAGAACCGUGGACCCGCUGAUGCGCAAAGUGGACUAUCGGUCGGUCGCGGAGCCAGUUGCGAGUGCUUGCGAAGAGAGCCGUGUUCCUGAGCAAGAGGAGCAAGAGAAACAAGAGAACGAAAGUGAAGGCGCAGCGCUCUAUUUAGACGUCGUCAUGAAUCGAGUCGAAGAGCCGCACGUUAAGAAACGUCGUAGCUUGACGUCCCUGAUCAUCGAUCUUGCUCUCGCAGUUACAGCGGCUCGUUUGGGCAAAAGCCGGCGUUCUGCGGCGAAACUUGGUGCUGACCACUGAAUCUUGCUCGUCCGCUACGUUCUCCAUGUCUUGUGCACUCUGCUCACAUCUUGUCACCGUCAGCCAUAUAAUUCCUUAUAUACAACCAGUUAAUUGAUCCAAAUGUAUCUAUACGUCG